AUGUGCAGCUUCUCUCGCCUUGCCUCAACAUCGAGGACUCGCUCGGAGGUCGUCUCCCUCCUUCGCCGGACGAUCCGCGGAUCCUCCGACCCCGCCCAUCUCGCUCCUCUCCUCCUUCCUCUCCUGCCUCAUGCUAUCGCUCGUAUGACCUCUCGCCCUCGCUCACGCUCCACAAACACCGCUUCUUCAGCUUUGCUACGGCCGCAAGAGGAGGCGUUGUACUCGGAGGGCAAACAUCGCUGGGGGGAUGAGGACGAUUCGAGUACGUCUGAUGGGAAUGAUGAGAGUGACGAGUCGAGCGACGGCGACGAAGAGGAGAAGCCUCGACGGCGGCGAAGACGAGAAGCGCAACCAAUUCAACAGGGCUCUUCGAAUUCAAGCUUGGUAAUACUGCUAGCGGUCGCUUGUAUCGCGGCGAUCGCGCUGGCGCUCUUCUUCGCUUUGCGGGAGACUAGAGGAGAAGCGGGUUCGGCGGCGGGAAGUAGUGGAGCAGCGCCUGUCACGGUUACAGUGACGCCGCCUGGUGGUGGAACGGGAGGGGGAGGAGGCGGAGGUUCGACGGACAGCCCUCAAGGUGAGUUUGAUUUGUCCACUACUGACGACGCGACGGAUUCUCAAACUGCUUCUUUCUCCUCCUCGCCUGCUUCGCGACCUUCUCGUCCGGCUCUGACAGGCGCAGCAGGUUCAACCGGCGCAAGCGGCAAACCCGGUCCCACCAACAGCGGCGGCGGGAACAACGCAAGACCCUCUUCCUCCAACUCCGCCUCGAACCCCUCGCCUUCCUCCAGCGGCGGCUCAACCGACCCCUUCGCUUCGGCCUGUCUCGCAGCACACAACGAUUUCCGCGCGACUCAUCAUGCGGAUCCGUUGACUUGGAACGAUACGCUUGCGGCGGCGGCGGAGAAGUGGACGAAGAAUUGCGUCUGGGAACACAGCGGUGGCAAGGUCGGACCUUACGGCGAGAACCUGUUCAUGGUCGGCCCAGUCGAUCAGAACGCUCAACUGGACCCAAAACCCGGAAUCGGAUCUUGGAACGACGAGGAGAAGAUGUACGACUACAACAACCCGGGUUUUACGCACGAUACCGGUCACUUCACGCAGACGAUCUGGAAAGCGACAACUCAGCUCGGGUGCUACUACGGCAAGUGCAACGGCAUCAUGCAAAGCGGACAAUUGGGCGGUUUCUUGGUUUGCGAGUACUAUCCAGCCGGCAAUAUCGUCGGCGACAACAACAAAUACUUCCGCGAGAACGUUCUACCUCCCUAG